GCUUCUACGACAGAGAGAGUGUCCUCUCUCUAUAGGGGUCCUCCUGUUUCCAGAAAGCGGCCACCUUUUGCUCGACACGCCGACUUUCUCUGGCAAACCAGGGAGCUUUGUAAGUCGCAGGGAUGGCGAUCGUAAGUCUUGCCUCUCGGGGCACCAUGUUGCUAUCCUCCUCCCCCCAAUCUAGCACCAAUGCGCGCGCCGCUGCUCCGCAGCAGUGGGACGAGGGCUCCCUCCGCCGCGUCUCUCUGCGCAAGGCCCCGCGCGCGCAGCCCCACGCGGCGAAGCGUGCGCAAGUGGCGGAGCGCAAGGGGCGGAAGGGGCCGCUGGUGGUGAAAGCGCUGGUGGACAUCAGCUCGAUCGACGAGAUCAAGUUCGACUCGCUGGUUCGGCGCCGCGUCGUCUUCGGCCACGACGAAUGGAAGAAGCACAAGUCGAGCGGCCGCUACUUCCGCCACAUCAAGACCAUCCUCACCUCCAAGGUCAUCGGCGCGCUCGGGCCGCCCGUCGGCGUCAUGACCGGGAUCGCCGCCGCGAUUUGCGGGUGGAACGAGCUCACCGCGGCCGGCGCUCUCCCCGAAUGGGCCCCCAUUCUCCACAUCUCCAAUCUCCCCUUCAGUCUCACCGCUCCGGCGCUCUCUUUCCUCCUGGUUUUCCGGACGAAUUCGAGCUACGGGCGGUUCGACGAGGCGCGCAAGAUGUGGGGGCUCAUGCUGAAUCGCUCGCGCGACAUCACGCGACAGGCGCUGUCGUACAUGGCGCGCGACGCGCACACGUACGAGUACCCGAAGCGGGCGCAGUUUAUUCGGCACAUGCAGGCAUUCCCGCUGGCGUACAAGCACCACUUCCUGCAGGAAGGGUCGCUGGAAGAGGAUCUCCGGCAAUUCACGACGCUGACCGACGCGGAGAUUCAGGGCGUGCUGGGCGCGACGCAUCGGCCCAACUACGUGCUGCUGGUGAUGUCCGAGUGCAUGCGCCAGUGCACCAUGGAACCCGCGCACCGCCUCGCUAUGGAGGCCAACUUCGCCACGUUCGCUGAUGACGUGGGAGGCAGCGAGAGGCUGUUCAAAACGCCAAUCCCGCUCUCGUACACGCGCCUCACCUCGAGAUUCCUCGUGCUCUACCACAUGUUCCUCCCGCUCGCGCUCUGGGAUCCCCUCGGCUGGCUGACGGUCCCGGUGACCGCCAUGUGCGCGGGGGUGUUUUUCUGCAUCGAGGAGGUCGGCGUGAUCAUCGAGAACCCGUUCCCAAUUCUCGCCCUCGAUGUCAUCGCGCAAUCGGCGCGCAACAACGCCGCGGAGAUGGUGGCUCUCCACGAGGGUAUUCGCGAGCUGGUGGUGGGCGACGACCAGGAGAUGAAGCAACUCUCGGUCGUCUCACAGCAGGCGCUGCUGCCCGCGGAGCCUGCAUUCGUUGCCGAGCCUGAACCCGACUACUCGUCGGAGUGGGACGAGGAUGUCGCGGCUCUCGUCACUCCGAAUUCGCGUUAGUAUCUAACGGGCUGGUCCUGGCUUAUAUGUGACCUCCAACAAUAUGGACCCUUUUGAAGCACAGAACUGAGCUUGUUCAGUCCCGAAUUGUAGUCGCUAGGCGAUACGGUAAUGUAUAUUGUGUCUGUAGAUCCUUCCUAAUCGAAGUUGUACCGACGUCAGUCAUAAUUCAAGCCCUCACCGCACGUAGCACCCUGCAAGCAGUGGUGUAAAUUGUCUAACUUGUUGGAUGCAGAAGUGGAU